UUAUGUUUGGUUUGUAAUUAGGGUUUUAGCUCCCCGAGAUGUUAGAGAUGUUUUAUCUUUUCUGUUGAGUUUAACGUGACUGAGGAUAUUGAAUAUGAAUAUAUUUAUAUCAUAUUUAUGGAAAAAUAUGUCAGAACAUUUCUGUUAAAUCAACGCAUUUCCUUGUUCCGGUGACGUCCGUGUCCGGUCCUUGCGUUAUUGGUUCCCUCUGUUGUUUCAGAGUUUUCCCGCGCUGUUGAUCAGAGUUUAGUGGCCAUCAUCUUGGGCCAUAUUUUAUAUAACCUGUAAACUGGUUUUAGAUAUUAUAAUGCCGUCCUCUGACUAUGACCCGGCGUGUUUGCCGGACUUAUUGCCGCUCUACUAUCGCCGACUGUUCCCCUUCGCACAGUAUUACCGCUGGCUGAACUACGGGGGAGUACAGAAGAACUACUUUCAGAACCGAGAGUUCUCCUUCACACUCAAAGAUGACAUCUAUGUGCGCUACCAGUCGUUCAACACGCAGAACGAGUUGGAGAAGGAAAUGCAGAAAACGAACCCGUACAAGAUCGACAUCGGAGCGGUUUACAGUCACAGGCCUAAUCAACACAACACAGUGAAGUCUGGAAGCUUCCAAGCUCUGGAGAAGGAGCUGGUGUUUGAUAUUGAUAUGACAGAUUAUGAUGAUGUCCGAAGCUGCUGCAGUGCUGCAGAUAUUUGUUCCAAGUGCUGGACACUGAUGACCAUCGCAAUCCGUAUUCUGGACAAAGCUCUUCGAGAGGACUUUGGUUUCCAGAACCUGCUGUGGGUAUAUUCUGGCAGAAGAGGAGUGCAUUGUUGGGUGUGUGAUGAAGCUGCCCGGAAGCUCUCUGCAGCAGCACGGUCUGCUGUGGCAGAAUAUUUCAGCCUCAUCAAGGGUGGUGAAGAGACAGUGAAGAAGGUCGUGCUGACGGAUCCAAUUCACCCUUUCAUCAGAGAGUCUCUGGCAGUGGUGGAGAGGUACUUUCCACAAUAUGCUCUACAAGAACAGGACAUACUGGGACGUAGGGAGUCUGUAGACAAAGUCCUGGCUCUUGUUCCCGAAGAUGUUAGAAGAGAAUUACAGCAGUUAUUUCAACACGAGAGGAGGCCAGACAAACGCUGGGAUCAGAUCAAAGACCAAGCCAAAAAGAAACAGUCCAUUGGCAAAAAGGGGCAAUACUUUGAAAAGGAGAUCAUGCUGCAGUACUGCUACCCUCGACUCGACGUCAACGUCAGCAAAGGUGUGAACCAUUUACUGAAGAGCCCAUUCAGUGUUCAUCCAAAAACAGGGCGCAUCUCUGUUCCCAUGGACCUGAAAGAUCUGGACAGGUUUGAUCCUUUUGCUGUGCCCACAAUCAGCCUGAUCUGUGAGGAGUUGGAUCGACCCAAGGCAGAUGAGGGAGGAGCAAAGUCAGAGGACACAAAGGAGAAGGAAACCGAAAAAGACGCGGCAGAGAGGAGGAAAAUCAGAGAUUACAAGCGAACCAGUUUGGCAAAGUAUGUGAAGUACUUUGAUCAGUUUUUGGAUGGAAUGGCUCAUUCGUGGAAAGGAGAACUUCUUAGAAAGAGUGAUCUUCAGAAAGAGUUUUGAACAGGAUCAUCAACCACAAAACAUCAUCUGUUCCGGCCUUAUUGCUUAAUGUAACUAAGGGUCCAUACCUAUGGAUCAAUUUGUGGAGAUGAUGCAUUAUUUGAUAACACCAGUUUUGAUGCUCGUUAUUCCGCGCAUGCUACAUUUGUGUUUUAAACUGCCAAAUAAAGCUGAGUUUGUCACUGUAAUUUUUUUUGUAAAAUGGCAGCAAAUUGCUGCUGUGCAGUAAAAAUAAAUGCAAAAAUCUU